AGGAAACCCGUUGCGGACGCGAAAGUUCUCGGUGAAACCGAUUGCAUAAAUCCGGCGGAAUCCAUCGGGUCCGCUGAAAAGUCACCCACCACCCUCCAGAGCGUGUCCGCAGCACCACCGCGAUUCCGCGAGCGAAGCGAAGACAAAUCGGGAAGACAACAACAAAAAAAAAAAAAAGAAAGAAAGAAAGAGAAAAAGUAAUAGGAGACUUUCUUUUCGCCACCGAGAAAAAAAAAUCCAGGGGUUUUCUAGGGUUUCGAUGCCCUGAGGGCUUCGGGGGAGGUCGGAGCGCCGGCGAUCUUAGAGGAAUGGCGUCCACGGAGGAGCUGGAGGACCGGCUUCAGGAAGUUGGGAACCGGCUUGCCUCUCGCCCGUCCGCCAUCGAUGAACUCCUCCCUCUUCUUGAUCAAACUGAGAGUUUUUUAGCAAGAGUGGAACAAUCACCAUCGGAGUCAAUGUUGAAUGCGCUUCAUCCUGCAAUGAAGGCACUGGUUGCUAAAGAGCUUAUAGGACAUGCAGACACAGAUGUGAAAGUUGCUGUGGCAUCUUGUAUCAGUGAAAUCACGAGAAUAACAGCACCAGAAGCUCCAUAUGAUGAUGACUUGAUGAAGGAGGUAUUUCGGAGGAUCGUUGAAGCCUUUGAAAAAUUGGAUGACAUAUCAAGUCGUUCAUAUUCUAGGAGAGUUUCGAUUCUUGAAACUGUUGCAAAGGUUCGGUCAUGUGUUGUGAUGUUGGAUCUUGAAUGUGAUGAUCUGAUUCUUGAAAUGUUUCAUCAUUUUCUGAAUACCAUAAGGCCAAAUCAUUCCGAAAAUAUUUUUAAUUCGAUGGAGACCAUUAUGACACUUGUAUUAGAAGAGAGCGAGGAUAUUUCCCCAGAGCUUCUCACAUGCCUCUUGGAUAUCGUGAAAAAGGAUAACCAAGAUGUGUUGCCUAUUGCUCACAAACUUGGGGAGAAAGUGAUAAGUAAUUGCACAGCAAAGCUCAAACCAUACAUGAGAGAAUUAGUUAAAUCCAUGGGUGCUUCUUUAAGUCAAUACAGUAAAAUCGUUGCCUUAAUAUGCCAAGAGAGUUCUGAUGGCAUGGAGCAGAACGAUGCAAAUGCUUCUGGCAUGGUUAUGGCAGAUGACAGCAAACAAUCUGAGAGGACUGUUUCUGAUGAACUGCCUCAGGGUUCUGCAAAGAUGGAGCAAGAGGUAGGUUGUGCUGAGGAAGUUGGUACUGCAGCAGACAAGUCACCUAGAUUGUUGAUGAGCAAUGGUACUGCUCAGAUAGGAAAUGGUGAAUUGGUGGUCGAACAAACAUCUGCAAAACAGAGGCUUGAACGUUCUCGUCGCAACAGUGAGUCCAAGAGUACUUCUGUAGGUAAUAUAGCUGAUUCAGGUAACUUGGAGUCAAUCCCUGCAAAACCAGAAAGUACCUCAGACCUUAACACAAGGAAAAUAAGGGGCCGAACAACAGGCCAUUCUCGCAUCGACAGCGACAAAGAAACUCCUGCAUUACCUAGGAGAAAAGGACGUGGUAAGGAAGCUGAUAGCACAAAAUUUGAUGGUCCAUCUGGAAAAAUAGCAGACUCGGCUAAGAAAGAUGAGCUUCAGCUCCUUUCUGGAUCUGAUAAUGGAACUGGCAGUGCUGCAUCACCAGAUCAUAGCGAGAGUCCUGAUGCAACUCGACCCAGACGGGGUCGACCCCCUGGGUCAAAGGUAUCCUCUAAGAGAGGUGGUGGCAGUGCAGUAGCUGGCGAGUCUGCUUCCCCUUCAGGGCAGAAGGGAUCUUUGGGAAGUGGCCAUAGUCAGGAUGAAACUUUGCCCUUGAAAGAUGUUGAUUCCAAGAAGGAAUUAGAGGGUAGUGGUGAUUCAGAAGGAAAGUCUUCAAGGCGUACUCGCAAAAAACAUCCAGAUAAUGCUGAUGAUGGUGAAGCACCAACAACUGUAACAGGUGAUUUGGAAAUGAAGCCACAGAGGCAAAGUAGAAAGGCAUCCACAAUAAAGGUCACUGAUGGCGAAUCAUCACAAAAACAGUUGAAGUCCAACAGCAAGCAGCAGAAGGAAAAACGAAAUGCUCAAAAAGAUGUAGCUGCAGAAUCUAAGGAAUUGGUUUCUUCACCAAAGUCUACUUUGAAAGCUAAAAGUAAAUAUCAUGGCGGUCUGGAGGCCAGCGCCAAUGCAAAAACUAAGAGAAAGCGAGGUCGAGGAACUGAAGAGGGUUCUGAUACACCAACUCAAAGUGCAGAAUUAGAUGAGGGCCUUGUAGGUUCAAGGAUUAAAGUAUGGUGGCCGGAUGACAAGGCGUUUUAUGAUGGUGUUGUUGCUUCUUUUGAACCUGUUUUAAAAAAGCAUAAGAUUCUCUAUGAUGAUGGGGAUAUAGAAAUAUUGUCGCUCAAGAAUGAACGCUGGAAAUUUAUUCUAGAGGAUGCGGGCAAAGAUAGGGACCAUAGCGGACUAGCAGAAGAUAUUUCAAGUCCUGAUGCUGCAUCAGAAUUGCGACGGGAUAAAAAAGCAAAAACAAAUUCUGUUCCAAAACAUUUGAAGAUGGAGAUGCCACGGAUAAGUGGUGCAGAGUGUAGUAGUAUUGCGAAGCGUAAAGGUAGACCUAAAGGUGGAAUAACAAAUCCUGGUAUGCUGUCCGGUGAUGAGAGUCCUAGAAGUUCAGGCAAACCAGAAGAGAAGGCCGCAAGCAGGUACAAUGAUGACACCCCCAAGACUGGCAGUAGGCUUAAGAAGGAUACUGGUAGCAAGUCUAAGUAUGACACUCCCAAAACUGGUGACAAGUCUAAAGAUGAGACUUCGAAGACCGAUGGUAAGUCUGGGGAUGAUAACCAGAAAACCGGCAAUAAAUCCAAGGAUGAUCUCCCUAAAUCAAGCAGAAAGUCAAAGGAUGACACCCCUAAAACUGAUAGCAAAUCAGAAGAUGAUAUGAUUGGUACUGGUGGCAAGGCCAAGGAGGCAGGUAAAGGUAAGUCCAGUGAAGAAACUCCCAGAAGUGGGCGGAAAUUCAAGGGCUCGUCUACCAGUCGGAAAACUGGGGAUGAGGCCAAGGCAAAUGGCACUUCUGAGAAAGGAAAAUCAAAGGUCCAAGAGGCGCACUCGGAUUCAGUCAAGGCACAAGAAAGUGAGGCCUCAACUGGGAAGAAGCGCAAAAGAAGGGGUCAAAGUUGAAUUAUUUGUGCCGAUAUGUGUUUAUGUUUGCUCUUUUCUUCUCCGGUAAAUACAUCCGCUCUCAUUUUCUUUUUACUACCACAGGUAGGCAUUUCCUUUCUGUUUUGCGUUGCAACUUACCAACUGCCUAUCUGGUAGUUCUGGGGCUGGUUGCCGUGAAGUAGCUGAUAGGUUUAGGAAUUAUUAAGGCUUGUAAUCUUUGGCAUUGCUUUGUUUCCUCUGAAAGAAAACAUGUUGCAAGCCUCUAGUAGCUGACAUUGAUGCUUACCCUAUUAAAAGUUCUAGAUGGUAAUGUAGGUUGUUACUGGUGAUCUAUUUAUAUAGUUCAUUUUGGAAAAUUUACGA